UAUGGACCACGGUACGAUUGGGACGAAAAAGUACAAGGUACAAUUUUGGGAGGAUAUUUCUACGGAUAUGUGAUAUUUUCCUUGCCAGCCGGUUUUCUCUCGGAAUAUUUCGGACCGUUCCUAAUCAUAUUUUGGGCACACGUCGUGGCUGCAAUUUUCAACACUCUGACGAUAUACGCGGCAUGGAUACAUUGGUCAUUACUGGUGAUAUGCAGAUUCGUUCUAGGAUGUUGUGGGGGCCUUGUUUAUCCAGCGCUCCAAUGCUUGAUAGCCCAUUGGGCUCCUCCCGAUGAAAAAGGAAAGUUCGUCGGCGCUCUGAUGGGCAAUGUACUAGGCACUUGUAUCACGUGGCCAAUGGUAGGGGCCAUCACAACCCACUUCGGAUGGGAUUGGGGAUUUUACGCAGUGUCUAUCAAGAACGUCAUUUUUUGUGUUCUGUUUUAUUUCAUCUGCUCAGACUCUCCUACGACAAAUAGAUGGAUCACAGAAGAAGAAAGAGAUUACAUAAAAAAAGCACAAGGUAUUCAGGUGACGAAAAAGAAGGUGAGUCAAGCCGGAUACCAGCAAAAAAAUUACUCAUUAUAUCUCUAUCAUACCUUUCGAUUUUCUUUUUCAGCUCACAUAAUACCCGGCAUCCUGUUGAUUGGCAUCAGUUUCGUAGGUUGCAAUUGGAUACCGGUUAUGGUGCUACUCACAUUCAGCUUGGGCCUGAACGGUGCUUGCGUUCACACAAAUUUACAAAACCCUCAAGAUUUGGCUCCGAACUUUGCCGGUACCAUCUAUGGUAUAAACAGUUUCAUUGGUGGAUCGACUGGGUUCAUAGUGCCGGCUGUUACAGGGGCACUAAUCCAUAACUACAGCGGUAUAAAAGAAUGGGGAACUGCCUUCCAAAUUGGUGGAUCUGUUUACAUCGUGAUGGGAACGAUUUGGAUAAUAUUUGGAUCAGUGAAAAUACAGGAGUGGAAUCAGAAAGGAGAUCCAAAGGAGGAAUCUGAAACCGCUGGAUAGAAUGGUGUUUACUUUUAAUGUCGAAAUUAUACCAAUAUGUAGUGAGAUUAAUAGUAACAUGUUUCAAUAAAUGUAUGUUUACAAUUCCAAAAGUAAUAACCA